AUGGCUCCAGGAAACGGUCGUGAUUUUAACUGCUCAUGGCCGCACUGUGGCAAGUCGUUCAACCGCAAGUCAGACCUUUGUCGUCACUACCGAAUCCAUACCAAUGAACGGCCUUACCAUUGCACCGUCAAGGACUGUAACAAGAGCUUCAUCCAACGCAGCGCUUUGACCGUUCACUCCCGGACCCACACCGGGGAGAAGCCUCAUGUGUGCGACCACGAAGGCUGUCAAAAGGCCUUUUCGGAUUCUUCAAGUCUUGCUCGCCAUCGUCGAAUUCACACCGGGAAGCGGCCUUAUAUAUGCCAGGAACCCACAUGCGAGCGAAGUUUCUGCCGCAAGACCACAUUGACCAAGCAUCAACACCGAUCACACCCACCUGGAUCCUUGACUCGACCAUCCUCGGAAGAUGCGGGAUCGGAGCAUUCCUAUCAUCACCAUCACCACCAUCCCACACCGGUGACAGUCUCGAUGCCCGGUGGAAACGAACCGUACAUGCUUCCGCAGCAACCGUAUUACUCGCAUUCUGCCACCCCUAACCAUGAGUUCUACUCACCCUCGAGUGUGGCCAUGAACAGUGUGCCUGUGCAUGAAAACUCCGCUCCGAUGGGAGCGCCCACUGUUCCUGUGACAUCGGCGAUGGCCAUAUCACAUGCCUCACCACACGCGCCGCAACACCACUCUCUCCCACCACCACCACCACCACCGCAACCGCAGCCCCAGCCUCAGUCGCAGUCGCAGCCGCAGCACCCACAUCAGCCGCAUCACCACCAUCAACAGCCGCAGCAUCCUCACCCGCAACACCAGCAACAAUACAUGCAAGUCAUGCAGCCUCGCUAUGAUACCAUUCCACGUGCCAACUUUAUGUCCCCGGAGUACCACCAGGCGCCAUUUGCAGGCCACCAGAUCCAGGAGGGACAGCCUCUGAUGGUGGGAUACCAUCAAAAUUUUCAGUAUAAACCCCCCACCCGGAUCCUGAAUCAACCGGAGGGGACUGACUGGGGUUUCUUGGGUGUAGGCUGA